AUGAACGAAAAUCUAUUUGCCUCUUUCACAAUCCCAAUAAUAUUAGGUCUCCCUAUUAUUACUCUAAUCAUUAUAUUCCCUACCAUUCUAUUUCCUACAUCAAACCGACUAAUUAAUAACCGUACAAUCUCCCUCCAACAGUGACUAACUAAACUCACAUCAAAACAAUUAAUAAAUACACACAGCCCUAAAGGUCAAACUUGAUCCCUAAUACUAAUUUCACUUCUCUUAUUUAUUGCUUCUACAAACCUUCUUGGAAUAUUACCCCACUCAUUUACACCCACUACACAACUCUCUAUAAACAUUGGAAUAGCUAUCCCUCUAUGAGCCGGUGCAGUAAUUACAGGUUUUCGUAACAAAACAAAAAUAUCCUUAGCUCACCUCCUACCACAAGGCACACCUACUUUCCUUAUUCCUAUAUUAGUAAUUAUCGAAACUAUCAGCCUGUUCAUCCAACCAGUAGCACUAGCUGUACGACUAACUGCCAACAUUACAGCAGGACACCUAUUAAUACAUCUAAUUGGAAAAACAACCCUAGUACUAAUAAGCAUUAACCUGUCUGUAGCCCUCAUUACAUUCAUAAUCCUCAUUCUAUUAACUAUUCUUGAAUUCGCCGUUGCCUUAAUCCAAGCUUACGUAUUUACUCUCCUAGUAAGCCUAUAUUUGCAUGAUAAUACAUAA